UUCGCCCGCUCCGCCGAGUGCUUCCGCCUCCGUGUUUCCAGGGCAACGCGGCGCCCGGCCCUCUUGGCUCCGUGGGAGAUGUCAACCCCUCCGCUCGCCGGGGCCGGCAUACCGCCAGGUGCCUUCUCUGGGACACAGGCCCAGGCGGCUCGGGAGGUAAAUACAGCUUCGCUGUGUCGAAUUGGCCAAGAGACUGUGCAGGACAUUGUGUUCCGGACCAUGGAAAUCUUUCAGCUACUGAGGAACAUGCAGUUACCGAAUGGUGUUACAUAUCAUACUGGAACAUAUCAAGACAGACUGGGAAAGCUGCAGGAACAUCUCCGUCAGCUGUCGAUACUCUUCAGAAAACUGAGAUUAGUCUAUGACAAAUGCAAUGAAAACUGUGCCGGGCUUGAUCCUGUUCCCGUAGAACAACUUAUUCCGUAUGUUGAAGAAGAUGGCUCCAAGCAUGAUGAUCGUGGUGCUGCAAGUCAGCUUCGUUUUGCUAGUGAAGAGAGAAGGGAAAUCAUGGAAGUGAAUAAGAAACUGAAACAGAAGAAUCAGCAGCUGAAACAGAUCAUGGAUCAGUUACGGAAUCUUAUUUGGGACAUAAAUGCCAUGUUGGCAAUGCGGAACUGAACAUUGAGAAUCAAACUUUGCGAUUGGAAAAGAUACCUAUUUGUCUGGAUAUACUUAAUUUCUUCUGAAGAAGUAACAUGAUUUUUCUACAACCAUUUUGCAGUAAUGUUUGAAAAGUCUUCAAGAUUAAAAUGUUAGAGUUUUGUAAUAACUUA